CCGCUAGGCGCGAGUUUGGUGUCCCUGCCUUUGGGAGCGGUAGGAUGGCUGCUAGGAGAAAUUUGAGAUACUCGGGGAACCCGGGUGCAAAGCGUUCAAAGAACACUUUGAGAAGCACAUAUUCCAGGAACCAGAAAGCUGGUCCAAAGCCCAGGCCCAAGGAUGUGUUUGACUUUUCUAACAAUUCUGAUGUCUCAAGCAUACGGGGAGAACUCGAGGAAGAAGAGGAGACUUACGAAACCUUCGACCCCCCUCUGCACAGUACGGCUAUCUACGCAGAAGACGAGCUGUCCAAACACUGUGUGUCCUCCAGUUCCCUGGCCACCCACAGAGGGAAGGAGAGCAGAAACUUGGACCCUUCUGAAGAUGAAGCAAGUGGAGAUGAGUCUAUCAAGGACAGCACAAAAAAGCCGAGGAGAAAGCUGGAGCCCAUCAUCGGUGAGUUGGACAGCUCUGCAGGUGAUGUAAGCAGGAAGGUGGCAUCUACAGAAGGACCAAGGUCGCGGCAACACCAGGCUGCUCCUGCAGCACCGUCACCCCCUGAGAGGCCAGCCGAGCCGGUCACUCCCAGGAGGACAAGACUCCACAGCGCUCAGCUCUCUCCUGUAGACGAGACACCAGCAACCCAAAGUCAGCUGAAAACUCAGAAGAAAGUGCGGCCGUCUCCUGGCAGGAGGAAGAGGCCAAGGCGCGGAGACACAGACUCAGGUGAUUCUGAAAGUAUGCAUAUCUGGUGUCUGGAAGGAAAGAGACAGAGUGACAUAACGGAGUUGGAUGUUGUUCUGUCUGUAUUUGAGAAAACCUUCCUGGAGUAUAAGCAAAGAGUAGAAUCUGAAAGUUGUAAUCAAGCCAUCAACAAGUUUUAUUUUAAAAUGAAAGGAGAACUCAUCAGAAUGCUUAAAGAAGCCCAGAUGUUAAAAGCUCUGAAAAUGAAGAACACCAAGAUAAUUUCCAACAUGGAAAAGAAAAGGCAGCGUUUAAUUGAAGUCCAGGAUGAACUGAUUCGAUUAGAACCACAACUGAAACAACUACAAACAAAAUAUGAUGACCUUAAAGAGAGAAAGUCAUCACUUAAGAAGUCCAAGCAUUUCUUAUCUAAUUUAAAACAGCUGUGUCAAGAUUACUCAAAUGUACAAGAGAAAGAACCAAAGGAAACAGAAAAGUAUGAUUCAUCUAGCCUUCCAGCUCUGUUAUUUAAAGCAAGAAGCAUUCUGGGAGCCGAAAACCACCUGAGAACCAUCAACUAUCAGCUGGGGAAGCUGCUUGAGCUGGACUGAGAACUGAGCCUCCUGCUGCCUUUUCUGCUCCUGACAGCAGCGCCCCUGUGCUGACAGCAGUGAGACCCGCUUAUCAGGAUAUACUACCGCUUUGUCAUUCAAACUAAACCACACCUCUUCAGUUGUCUAAUAACUCAGAAGGCACAGCCAUAUUUCUGAGUAUUGUGUUCAUAAAUUUCAGUCUCUUGACAGGUUAGUCAUCACCAGGCAUAAUAAGCUUUUUAACUACAAUAAACUUUAAUGAUGUCAGUGCAAAUGCAAGCAUAGAAUGAUCCUGGUUAAUUAGGAGCAUCUGCUGAAAUAUGUCAAAGGUAGCCUUCAAUAAAUCUGGCUUAGGUAAACCAAGUGAUAGAACAGUUGCUAUAAACAGGUUUUACAAUAAGUUAAUAAUUUGAUUUUUUGUAUGAUGUUAAAUGCAGGGCCUUGCACAUCUUAGGUAAGUAUUCUAAUGUUGGGCUAUAGUCCCAGCACUAAUUUAACAUUUAUGUUAUCAAAUCUCAGGCUUCAGGCAAAUUGUAGCCUGGUUAUGUAUGUUCUAUCCGCAGUCAGCUAUUCUGUAAAGCUUCUAUAAUUAGUUCAUCAGGAAUAUCAUCCAUUGAACCAAGAAGGCUCUUAUCUGCAGCGUCAGCAAAUUCAGCAUCUUCUGUAGCUUCUAAGAAAAAGGCAUCGUCUUCAUCAUCCCAGGCAGUGGCAGAAAGCCCGCCGGCUGACAAGUUGCAGGAUGGUGGGUUUUGACAAUCCUUGGUCAGUGAGUUGCUGGUUUCAUCUGUUUCUCCAGAAGUGAAGUCUUCCUUUAUUUUGGAGGGAAGGAGGAAAGAGGAAUAAAGAUUAGUCAGAAUAUGUGACUUCAAAUACGUUGCGUUAAGGUAUAAAAUAAUAACCAGGUUUUCAGCAGUCAAUGACCAUGCUGGCUGCCUGCUGUGAGGAACAGUCAGCAUGGGAAAGGGUAAGUUAGCUCAGAAGUGCUUUUGUAGCGCAGACAUGCUUCUCUGAGGCUGAAACUGACUGUAGCUCCUGGCAGAUACAUUUCAACUCCUCAGAAGGGGUACAGCAAAGGGAAGUUUCUAGAUUAACAAAAAAUCAAUGCCUAGAAUCUAUGUUAAAAAGCCAGCAUGCAAUCCCAGUGCUAGGGAGGUGGAGACAUGGAUCCCUGGAGCUUGGUAGCCAUCCAGCCAACCCUCCCAAGUGAAUACCAGCCCAGUGAGAAGCUGCGUCUCAAAAAAGAAAAAAAAAAAAAUGUCCUGAGGAAUGACACAAGUUGUCCCUCUGGCCUGUAUGUGUGUGUACAUGAGCACACACAUGAGCAUGGACACACAAAUGUAUAAAUAAAAGGAAGAUGAAGGAGAAAUGGCAGUGUUAACAGUUCACUUGGAAGGUACUAUUUCUAUACUCGUGUUUCUAAAGGAAAAAUUAUGUUCAGGUAAUAGUAAUAUUGUAUAUCAAGAAUACUUUCACUUGGCAUUUUUGAGGUAUUAUUAGAAAAGAAAAAAUUUCUACCAAAGAUGUCACCACAGUAAAUUAAUGGCUGGGAAUGUAGCUCAAGAGAGAGCCCUUGCUUCCCAUGUAUGAGGCCGAUAAGUUCAAUUCUAUCCAAAACCAAACACUGCUCUUAUAAGAGAUAAUUAGACAUUUUAAAUCUGUUCCUAGAUACUAUUUUUAAAUGUAGUAGUCUGUCAGUCUACUUAUCAGUUCUUUUAUGUCCCCCUCUAACAUACCAAGCAUGGGAUUUUAACUUUAAACGUGGAUGUUGGAUCUGGAGAGAUGGCUCAGUGGUUAAGAGCAUUGCUGCUCUUCCAGAGGACCCCUCCAGGGCUGC